AUGUAUCUCAAGUCAUCAUCUUGGUCAUCAUGGCUUUUGUGUUUGAUGACAUGCUUUGUUGGUUUAAUUGCAAGCAUGGAGACCAAUCAAAUGUCUAUGAUCGAAUUUGACGAUAAUUCAAUUCAAGAGACGUUAGAACAGUCAGAAUAUUCAUUGAUUUAUUUUUAUUCCGAUUCAUGUAAAUAUUGUCGAAAAUUUGAUCCUACAUUUGAAAAUUUAAGUAUCUUAUAUAAUAAUGAUAAAGAGAGAUCAAGAUUUCAAAUCUUGAAAACAAAUGCUAGAUUUAAUAAGAAAUUAAGUGAAUUAUUUAAAAUAUCAAAAUAUCCAUCAUUAAAAUUAUUAGAUUAUAAAACCAAAAGAAUUUAUGAUUAUGAAGAUGAUCGAGAUUUACAAAAUUUGAUUGGAUAUAUCGAUCGUAAAUUAAACAUCAAUCCAAAUUAUGACAACUUUAAUACCAAAGUCAAAUAUGUAGAUGAUAUAAAGGCGUUUGAACAUGAAGAUGAUGACGCAAAUGAACAAUUGGUAUUUUUCAUGGCUGGUUAUUUACCUGGUUGGGAAGAUUACAAAUAUCCGGCUCAUUAUAUUCAUCAAUUAGCUUUAGAUUAUAACACAGUUGAAGUUAUUGUUGUUAAUGUUGAAGAAUUGAAUGAUUAUGAAUUAUUAUCUAAAUUUGGAGUAAGUCAAUUCCCAACUGUCGUAUAUAUUAAAGAUGAAAGAAUUAAAAGUUAUUCAACUAAGGAAAAUGAAAUGAAACUUGUAAAAAUUAAGGAAUUUAUAGAGAAUAUUAACAAUGAAUCUACUGGUUCUUGGAAAGAUAUUCAAUUCAUAGAUACAAAGCACCAUGAGAUCCAUCAUGACAAUGAUUAUAAUGAUGAAGAGGAUGAUGAAAUAUUUGAACAUAUAGAAUUGUAG